CCCGACAUCAUCGAGUGGAAGCUGGAUUGCGGCUACUUCUGGGUCGGCCAGUGGCACUACACUCUGGCUGAGGCGUGCCGCCACGGCAAUUUGGAUGUAAUCAAGUUCCUGGUGGAUCACCCAACAGGACAGCAAGUCAUCGACGAGAUGGGCCGCAGCAGAGAGCUCUCGAGUCUCGUGUGCUUCCCUGCUGCCAAGGGCAACAACAAGGCGAUGCAGUAUCUACUCGACGAAGGGGCUGGCGGGCCAUUCGAGCAGGCGAUGCUCAACCCUGCGAGCUUCACCCCGCUUGCUCUCGCCAAGAACAAGUUCGAGGUGCUGCUGUUCCUACACGAGCACCACCCGGAAGCCCUCACGCCCGACUUCGUGCGAAGCGCCCGUCUGCCUAUCACGGGACUAUUGACGCCAAGCGAUGUCCAGAUCCAAAACUGGUUGAAGCUACACUACCCCGUGCCAGACAUCUCCCAACUUGCAGGAGGGCUUCCUGAAAGAGUGGCGCAGCAGAUCGCGAGGCAACAGGCGAAGACCUGA